UGCGCAUAGCGCGGGAAUAAGAAAAUUAUAUCCAAGAUGGCGCGUCGAACAACAAAUCGGAAACAACAGGGAACUGUUCUGAAGCAAGCAUGGGAAUGGGCUGAUUACACUGAACCAGAAAAUGUCAUCAGUGAUAACGUUGAAAGCGCCUAUAGAAUAAAUACUGCCGCCUGUUCUCCGGGAAAUUGCAGGAGGAACUGCAAAGCAAAUCCAAACUGUUUUAAUUGCCUUGGAGAAAGAUUUUGGCUCAGCGAAAUUAAAGACAGUUACUGGUUAAAUUGUGAAGACCCAGAAAAUGAGAGACGCCCAGAGAAUGCUUUUGUUGGGCUUAAGAACCUUGGAGCUACAUGUUAUGUGAAUACAUUUUUACAGGUUUGGUUUCAUAAUCCAGUGUUUCGUUCAGCUAUGUACAAGUACAUCUCUCCUACAAGCAGAAGACCAGAACAAGAGGUCAAAAGCGUGAAAGAUAAACAGCCUGUUCUCAAGGUAACUGGACUCCAGGUCAAGAGGUCUGGGUUUGAGACAGGUCAAAGUGUUGUGUUCUUGGAAAAACACUUUACUGUAAUGGUGCUUCUCUCUGCCCAGGACUCUGUAAAUGGCUUGUCAACAUCAGAAGCUUUAUCAAGCAGCCCAAAUCACUCUGAGGUGACUAAUCAUAGCAGUCAUAAUGGUGAAACCUCAAAUAAACCUGCCAAAGAUUCUUCUAAAUUGAACCAUCACAGUAGUGAGAAUGGGGGAUCCCUGGAUAAACCUCUAAAUGUGCCAACAACUCCCAGUAAGGUGUCAGCUGUCGAGCAGGUUCCGUUGCUUCCCUCUACUACUAUACUGAACUCAGAUGAAGCACCAACGACUGUUUGUGGACACCUUCAGUUGCUGUUUGCUCAGUUGCAGUACAGUUUUCGAAGGUACAUUGAUCCAAGUCCUUUUGUAGACAGUUUAGGACUUGACACUGCACAACAGCAGGAUGCUCAAGAAUUUAGCAAACUAUUCACCUCAUUACUUGAAGAAACUUUCUCAAAGCAGGCUGAGCCUGAGGUGCAGAAUAUUGUUCAGUCUCAGUUUGGAGGGGAGUACUUCUAUGUUACAGAAUGUCUGAGGUGUGGGAAUAAAUCCAAGAGGCUUUCUCGUUUUUAUGAACUGGACCUUAACAUACAAGGCCACUCAUCACUGAACCAGUGUAUCAAGGAGUUUUUGAAGGAAAACAGGAUACAAAAAGAAAUUGAACUCAUUCAUUCAGUUUCCAGAUAAUCUUGAUAUGACAGAACAUGUCAAGAGUGGAGGCUCUGGAUCUAACCAUGAGUAUGAGCUGAGUGCAGUUUUGAUGCAUUUUGGAGUCAGUGCGUAUUCAGGACACUAUGUAGCACACAUUAGAGACAAGAAGUCUGGAUCAUGGUACAAGUUCAAUGAUGAAGACAUUGUUAAGAUGCAAGGAAAGUUGAAGCUUUCUCAGGAUGAAGACUCAACAGACACCAGCCCUAAGCCUGCUAAAAGGCCAAAAUGUGCUCAAGGAUUUCAUGUGUCAAAAAAUGCAUACACUCUGGUGUACACUUUGAAAGGGCAUAAAGGUGUAGGAAGUGAAGAUGAUGAUGUCGAAGUCCCACCUCACGUACUUGAGUUAGUUGCCAUGGACAACAGUUUAUUUGAACACUGGGUUACGCAGGUCAAGACAUUUCGUCAAAAGCUGAUUGCCAAAGGACAAGAAAGUCAAGCUGAAAUAAGGAGACUUUAUUUAGAAAUUCCGGUAUCUUCAGGAAAAGACUAUGAAUGGAUUUCUACAAAGUGGCUGAAGGACUGGAUGAAUGAAAAAACUGUGACUCCGCCAGUGGACAAUUCCUCUUUAUUGUGUUCUCAUGGAAAGCUUGAUCCCAAUCAAGCGCUUAAUGCCAAGAGGAUCAACAUCAAAGCUGCUGACGAAAUAUUCAGAAAUUACGGUGGACUGCCUAGACUUCAAAGUGAUUCUUUGUGUAUCAAAUGUGUGCAAGAACAGUGUAGGAGAAUACGGUUCGAAACUCGGCUGUCUGAAGACUACAAGUUUGUGUCAGACACUUUGAAGUCUCAACAAUCCAACAGUGCAAAUUAUUUUUGGGUUGGUCGGCGGUCGCUUCUUCGAUGGAAAGUUUUGGCGAAUUACCAAGAGGAGGCACGGCAGAGUUUGAUGGACAGUUGUCGAGUUACAGCCAAUCACGAAACAGAAGACGACGACGAAGAUAAAGCCAGACAGCAUGAGAAUAAUGAUAUGACCAUGACAGAAGAGGCAGGGAAACCACAGACAUUGGACGGAGAUCUACAGGACCCUGGCGAACAGGAGGAGGAAGACGAAGGAAAUUCUGAAUUCAAUGAAGAUUUGCUUUGUGAACAUGCGUCAUUUGAUAACGGCGAUCCGUUCGUUGCUUGUGCAGUAUCAAAAGAUUUUAUCGAUCGAUGGAGGCAGUUCUUAAGGUACCCCAUAAGGAAUGUUCCUCCGGAAAGAAUUACAAAUGCACUUUUGCUUUGCCCCCAUGAAAAGUUCCAUUUUAAUCCUGGCUGCGAAGAUGACGUGGAUGGUGCAAGCGAAAUGUUGCACUAUGUUUGGCAACAAGAGUGGAACGUGCUUACCCGAAGCUAUCCAUACGAUCACGUGAUCACCGUCACGAAAACAGUAACAGAAGACGAUGUGAGGGAGCUGGUGACUACCCCUGAAAUAUGCACAGAUUGUUGCUUUGCGCGCAUACAGGAGAGAGCUCAGCACGUAGAAAACUAUCGCUAUGGUACAAUCUUCGUGCGGAAAAUCACACUCCUUCCAGCAAAGACGGUUACUGUUUCGACCCAGACUUCCAGUCUCCACCGGACAGCAAGAAACAAAAACUUAACCGCGACCCGAAGGCACGAAGAAGCUCCAGGCAUCGUAAACAACGAGGAGAAGUGUCACUGACUGUUGGAUCAUCCGAGACCUUACGAGAUGUCAAAGUACAGUUGAUGAAGAGUUUCUCGGUGAUGCCGAUGGACCAACACCUCACCUUAAAUGGCAUCCCUCUCACUGACAAUGCAGCCACGCUUCGUUCAUUAGGAAUUAGACCAGGUUCCUUAUUACUGCUUAAGAUUGAUGAACCUCAAGGUGCCAUAUCACAAGAGGCUCUCCCAGUGAACAAUGCCCCUGAGGAAGGUUUCAAAGGAACUGGUCUGCUUGGUAACUCAUAAAAUGUGUUGCUUAGAAGUGGAAAAGGAAUCACGGCAGGGCUAGACAACAGUGGCGAGAUAAUAUGCCUCAAAGCGAAUCCUAUUUCGUAAAGAAACUAGAGAUAACUCUAUAGAAAUGUUUUGAAAUGUCAAGAACGGACCAGAGAGAGUUUACUGUGGAGACUGCAUCUUACAACAUGACCUUACUCAUAAGCUUAUUCCGCUGAAGUUAUCUGGAUCACUUCGAAUCCGUAAAUGCCACUAGGGUCCUUGAUCAGGUUGUGAGACAGGCGUCAUUUUCUGGCGUUUUUCAGGCCCACCAAGGCAAGUGCGAGACAUAAAGAGAGCGUGAAGGGCGAGUCAUGCACGAGAAAAGGAGCGUGCAAAACUUAACAGUUGUGGUUUUUGUGCUCCUCCAUUUGCGCAUUUCAACUCUCGCGCUUUCCUCGCACUCGCCACGCGCCUACCUGCGCACGCCUGAAAAACGCACGCAUACACAUGUAAACAAAACACCCUGAAUUUCCUUCCGCGCUGAACUAUUAGGCCGUCUAUGGUCAUUUUUCGCGGAAACACAAGUAACGCGCAAGGUUCACCUUCCUCAUUUUUGAGGGACUGGAUACCUCCAAUUAAAAAAUUACUUGAGGAUUACCUUGUAACAAGACCCGAACUGCAUUUGUUUUAUCUUUGGUUAUUCGUUCAUUGACGUAGCUUGCGACGCAAGGAGGCCAGCGCGAAGCGCGAGUUAUAGGCUCGAAGAGCGAAGAAGAAAAUCAAAGAAACAGCAUUCGCGCUUUCCUCGUGUUUUUCUUGCGCUCUCCUUUGCUCGAACACAAAAUAGGAAGAAAGGAAAAACCCUGAGCUGCAGGCUACUCUUAGCAAAGAUCAUUUAACAAUCUAUGUUAGCGCUGUGCAUAAACUGGCUGUCUUACAGGGUUCUCUCAAAUGUCAAACGAUAACUAUGGGAUUAGUUGAAAUUCAAUUUCAAGGUGUAAAAUAGUAAAUUUAUAGUUGUGAAUUUAAAUUGAAAUAUAUCUAUAGUUAAGUUACUAUGAACAAGUUCUAAGGAAAAUUGUUCAGUUGAACAAUAAACAUAUUUGAAACUUGA